AUCCGGGAAAGGACAUACCGGGAGGAGGAAAGUCCGGGUACCCAACCCCCGAAUCGUGUGCAAUUGCAUGCUACUUGCAUGCUACAAUAGCCCUCAAUGUUACUUCUGGACUCAUAAGGACCGAAGCUGCUGGGUGAGUGGAAGGGGAAUCACCGCUCUACAACAACCAUUCAAAGGGACAUGUCAUAUCCGUCCGCUUGCCCCGUUAUCUCGUCCUUUUGCAGCUCAAGGCGGACCUGAGCGCCGCUAACACCAUCGAAGAAGCCUCUUCUUCCGUCACAACCGGCACUCGACAGUGCGGUAUCAAUACUGGAAACACCAUUGUGGAUCAGUCGGGCAACGGCAACAGCCCCAACAUAACCGGUGUGUAUCAGGUGGAAACAGAUGGAAACGAAUCAGCUCAUUGUAUGGCGUCAUUCCUAUGGAAAAUCCCAGACACAGGGAGAGUCACGCGGGUCCCCGUUGGUGAGUCCAACAAUAUGGCUCUCCGGUUAGAGCGCGGACACGAGGCAGUGAGACUUGAUGCCCUAAGUGGAUUUGACCACACCGAAGCGUUCAGCGGUAUACACGCACACAUUCAUUUCGACAUUGUAUUCUUUCUCUUUCUGUCCGCACAUAUGCAUACGUACAGUGACCUUUUGGUUCGCUAGAGGCAGCCGCAAUUGUUGCGGUGAAAGAGCGAUUGUCGGCCCCGGUGUCUGGAACGAGUUGAUGAUCAAAUACGACUGGGGCGACGGCUUCAUCGGCGGCAUCCAUCAGCCGAUCACAAAGAAGUCCAGCAGCGGGAUGAUAGACGCGGGCACAUGGAUGCACGUCGCGGUCACAUUCGAAGAUGGAUACUUGCGUUACUAUAAGUGAGCGGGGCCGAAAGUACUUUAGGUGACGAAGUACACAUCAUCAAAUACAUACUGCCUGCCUGCCUGCCUUUUGCAUGCAGGAAUGGACAAGUGCGUGGCCAUGCAGGUAUUCUAAAUUACAUUGUGUCGCUAAUUGUCCACGUUCAUGGCAGACGAAGACCCACCUCAACCCUGGCACGGAUUCCACCUCGCCAUGGUCUAUGCACCCAUGAUGCAAGAGAAGAAGCGCACACAUACUUUACGUGAAAUGAAGAUGUAAGAGGACAAUCUGUAUCUUUCGUUGGCUCACUUCGUCAGAUGGAUGGCGGCAAAAUUGACGAUGUCCGAGUUCAUAAUCGCCGUCUUCACACUUCAGAGAUCCGAGACAUCAUAGGACUACCACAAGAUAAGACUCCCUACUACUUGGCCGAAGAGCGAUAUAUUGAGCAUGUACGGAAUACAGAGCCAUCACCUGCUUCUGACAGACAUGCCCCUACCAUUUGCGCACAUACAUCACUGUGUGUUUGCGCAUUCUGGUCUAGAACAAUAUAUGGUCGACGACUGAUACUGGCUAUUCUUACCUGAGCAAGGGGUGAGCGAAUGCACGAUUCUCAGGAUAAAUAAAGGUGUACGUGUCUUUUGUCGUGUCAAUAUGUCAAUAGAACGAUCUCCCAUUUUCGCGGUCGGUGAUCAGCGAGUCAAGAGGCCUGCCUAGAAAGCGAAUGAAGGGGCGAUAGAGACCAGCCUUAUCCAUAUACUGUCGACUCUGUGUGUGUUAUCGAAUAGGGGCCAUGUACUGUUUGAUUCUUCGCGAACGCAAGGGAAAGAGGCGACCAACAAUGGUACGUCGGUUGCAUGUCGACGAGUGAUAGGCAUUCGUUUACCACGAUUGACCUGAACUUGACUAAAUCUGUAUACGCGUCUGUCUUCACAGGUGAAGAUUCAAGUUGACGACAAGUGGAACGCCAUACAUGUGGUCAGACCCGACCUCUGAAAGACCACCAAUGAGAGAUAUGCAGACAGUGUUAUGUCUCAUUCAUUGCUUCUUUGGUCAACUCGCACUGUUAGGAGGAGGCAUUUGUGGAGCACUUCGGCAAUUCCAGUCAAUACGCUGAAGAUUAUUGGUCGAAACCCGAUGACCACCAUGAGUGGACCAUGGGUAUGCUGAGCGUACAUACACAUGCCUGUGCAUGUCACAGGGCAUCUUCUAUGCAGAUGUCGACAAAAACGGCUACAUUCAUGUGGCCGGAGACAUGCACAACUUGUGAGCAGACACAGACACAACGGAAUAGACACAAUCAUGUUGGCUUCUUCCCUCUCUUGUCUUGUCGAUGUGCAGCCCCAAGUAAGAGAGUGCGUUUCUUUCUUCAUCGCCUACAUGUCUCCUUUGAUUCUCCUUCGUAAGUCAAUAGAGUUCUCAUACCACUUAUCCCACUCUGUAGGUACAGCGCGCACAAGAAAGCGGGCUACGGACUGACCAGACCACAGGUGCUUUAAACCCCCGACCUUUCCAUAGCCUAAGCUUGACCAACACUCACAAGUGCGCAUCACAUGCAGCGCUUCUGGGGGGAAAAUGGCGCCGUACGGAGGAAAUCCUCAUCUAGAGACACACACACACACAAAAGCACACACAGAGGGAGAGACAGAUGGGAGCACAUCUGUUCAUACGUUCCUUGCAGACUAUCAUGUACUGGCGCUCUACUCAUCCUGAAGACAUCCACAGAAUGAAAGUAAGUGUGAGCGCACCGAGACGGCAAAUCACAUGGACGCCUGACGCACAGCAGGAGGAGUGUGUGUCUCUGUACAUGUCCCUGUCUGUGGCCCAUACAGUUCAUGGGCAAUGACCCCUCCCGUCGACCUGCUGGCUAUGGUAGCGCAACGACCACAGAAGCCGACCUAAUUCUGACCCACAUUCAUGUGUUCGUAUCUGUCUGUUUAAUGCGCUUGUUUAUAUGCGUGUGUGUUCGUUCAGGCUACACAUAUACUUCCUUCUUCAAAGUAGUUUCCUAAAGAGAUGUGGUUUUUCCUCAAGCGUCUAUCUCUUGUCUGUCUGUCUGUCUGUCUGUCUGUCACGAUGAUGCUUUUUCUUCAAGAGCGUGGACGGCACUCUCCACUACGGAGGCAGGUUUGACAUCUGGAGCAAUCCUAAGGACACUCCUCAAAAAAGGUGACCGCACACUCAUGAUCCAUUUAUGUGUUGCAUGCAUCGAUCCACUUGUGCAUGUCGCGUAUACCGAUUUCGCAGUAUAUGUGGCACGCUCAGAUGGAUGGAUGCUGGGACAUAUGAAUGCAUGCAUGUAUGAGUGUGUGAUCAUUUAGGUGCCAGAAAUCAGCUGGCUUGACACGAUAUGACACUGAGACACAGUCGUGGGUCGCUCUUGGGGUGAAGCCAAACCCAUGUCAUUCUUAUUCCGACCACGGCACCAUCUGCUAUUCCCCGGCAACUGCAGAUGCUGUCGCUUACAGCUACUACUGGCAAGCGAGAAAUUGGCCAUUCCGCCCUCUUUAUUUUGUUGUUCUUCCUACCCAUCGAUUGCGCACAUUUCUGUGGCCGCCUAUGUCAGUCCUAGUGGCCAUUACACCAUCUACCGACCCAGAGUCACAUCCGGACCUACCAAUCCACAUGAAAUCCACUUUGUUGGUGGGCAAACAUCGACAAGAGAAAUACAAGUCUUGUACGUCUCUUGAGUCCUUGUCUUGCAGCGAACGUUCUCGAACCGAGAGGGGUUCGUAUGUAACAAUCGGCGAUAUAUAAGUGCACAUGUGUACUAGUAGUGUAUGCUGUUGUAUCAGUUUUUCGCUUCGCCGUUUCCAAACAAUCCCUGUGGUCAAACCUUCAGCUCCGAGACCAUCUAUAUGAAAUCCACAGAUGGAGGUACAUAUAUGUAUCGAUCUAUCUAUCUAUGCGGAUCUUGUUCUUCUUUAGGAUUGAGCUGGACAAACUACACCGGCCAGCUGAUCGCAAUGCCUGCCAACCAGACGGCCGGACCACAUCAGGCAGACGUCGUUUGGAGAGCCAACAUGGACACGGUCAUGGGAGGGUGAGUAAAUUGACUGGGUGACUGGCAGUAGCGGCCUACACACGUGCACUCGUGCGUUUUGUCCAUUGGAUGUCUCUGUCUCUCCCUCUGUCUGCCUCUCCCUCAAUCAGCACCCAGCCUCUCGUCUCCAUUGAUUAUAGAGGUAUGUCUAUGCUCGAUCAAGUUUUUAUGUACUGGUGCCUGGAUACACGUCUAGCAUAUAUUUUUGCAUCCCUUCAGGCCAGCCACUCGUGCAGUCCCCGGGAAUAGGCCUUUGCGGUAUGAACACCAUCUCGUCUGAAUACAUUGCGUCACCUGACUCCGACUUGGUAGGCCACAAGGACGGCAACAAGAAGCACUGGUACCGGUGGUGAGCGGAAAGAAAUCGGCCAUUCCAUCCUUCCCAUUUUGCUGUUCUCAUACUCAUUACUCGCAGGUAUAACAAGGUAUGUCUGCGCUCGCUCGUUCGUCUUCUACGUCCGUCUUCCAAAAGCGGUGCAUGUCCGAAUGGGCCGUUUAGGACACGGGCGAGUGGCGGGCUGUAUCAGGCUUUGCCAUGAACGACAAGGACGGUCGGUGUAGACACGAGAUCGUCGCAUCCUGCACGUCCGUGUUUCAUCUGCACAGAUCAUUCUCUGUCUAUGAAUGUAUCGUCUAGGUGUGCUGGGCACGACGUCUCGUUCCUGGAUUCCGCCCGGAAGUGGCAUGAGCAGAGAGGUCAGCACAGCGUUCAUAGAUCCAUGUGUGCAUUUGUCCCUUUUUAUUGUCGGUUUCUUGUUGAAACCCUUGCCAGACUCGUGAAGCGCAUGUCUCCAAGAUCGGUUAUCUCGCCAAACCCUACCAUCUCAUUUCAGGUGUGUGUUACAUUAUGCUGGAUCACACGCACACACUCGUAUAUGCGCACUGUACUGUACUUGGAUACGCACACAGAAAGGCAUCAUGUAACUGCUUGCAGGCAAUCUUCUUGGCGCGACUAUGGUAGACGGCCGGUAUACUGUGCGCAUGGUGGAGGUGAGUUGGAUGAAAGAAAAAGCAAGAAAAACAUACAUGUACUGAUACUGAUGCGUGCGGCCACCAGCUUAUUAAGCCUCCGUUUGACAAACCGGCAUUCACCUAAUUCUCGAGCCGAGCCUUUUAAUAAGCUUUUUGUCAUGCUUUCUCUUGAUUGCUUUGAAGUAGCCAUGAUGCGCCUCGGAGGCUUUCGUACUUGAUUUGUUUUGUCUAGCUUUUUGGUUUUGUCUACUUCGGUCGACUUUUAAGAUUAGACAGGCAGCCAGGUCCAUCACGUUUCGAUCGGUGUUUCCUAACGACACAUCAUUGAUCACCAGUCUGUACCUCUUUCGGCACGUCGUGAAGAAAAGCGGAGAUUCAUCGAAGCACACCGAUUUCUUUCGUUACCUGUCUAUGUGCAUGGCGGAUGCCGGCUUGCCUCUGAAUAUUUCUCUCGGUCGAUCCGACUCGAUCGGCUGCAUGCGGUUAGCUGCGGUUUUCCUCAGGAC